CAACCGUAUGCUCUCCUAUAAAUUCUUCCACUUCCAAUUUUCUACAUCACGACGAGUUCCAUCGAACAAUAUUUAGUUUUCUCACAGUUUGAUCACACUACAAUCUACAACUAAAUUAUGUAAAUCUUCCAUUUAAUUUUUCGGAAAAAUGUCGCUAAUUCCAAGUGUUUUUGGCCGACGAAACAAUAUCUGGGAUCCAUUUUCUCUCGACCCCUUUCAAGACUGGCCGUUCAGUUCUGCCCUGUCCACUCAGAUUCGUUCCGACCUUUCCAACGAGACAUCUCAGUUUGCUGCCACUAGGAUUGACUGGAAGGAGACGCCGGAAGGCCACGUAUUUAGGGCCGACCUUCCGGGGCUGAAGAAAGAGGAAGUAAAGGUUGAGGUUGAGGAAGGUAACAUACUGCAGAUUAGUGGCGAGAGGAGCAGGGAGAAAGAGGAGAAGAAUGAUACCUGGCACCGUAUGGAGAGGAGUUCUGGCAAAUUCCUCCGGCGGUUCAGGCUGCCGGAGAAUGCGAAAAUGGAUCAGGUUAAGGCCAGCAUGGAGAAUGGUGUGCUAACUGUAACUGUGCCCAAAGAGGAGGUGAAGAAGCCUGAUGUCAAAGCCAUUGAGAUUUCUGGUUAAAGACGAUAAACAUCAAGAAAUUGAUUUGAAGGCUCACGUAUUUGUAUGCGUGCAUAUGAAUUGGUGCAUGUUAUUUCACAACUGUGUUUUUGGGUGAAAUGGUUGACUUUUGAAGU